AUGCCAGUCACGACAACAAGUACAACAAGUAAUACUACAUUCAAUUCAUUAAAGUCCCAUAAUGGAGUAGAAGCAAAAUUAAACUUGAAACCCUGUAAUGGAAAAGGAGUAAAUCAUCCUCUCGAUCCUCUUUCAGCAGAUGAGAUCGCUGCUGCUUCUUUGGUAGUGCGAGAAUAUUUAGCCACGCAAACGACUAUCAAAGCGGUCAAAUUCGCAUCUUCUUUGCAUGUGCCUCCUUCAAAAUCGGCUGUUUUGGCUGUGCUAGGUUUACCCUUGCCAAGAAAUGCAAAGAUUGAUUUGAAAUCCGCUCAACAAGAAUGUUCUCGUCGUAUGGUAGAAGUGCAAAUUAUUGAUGCGAUCGAAGGUUCGGCUUAUGAAGUAUUUGUUGAAUUAAAUCAAAAUGCAGGUACGAUCUGGAAGCAAAACGGUCCAAUUGCCGCUUCAGGUGCUUUGCAAUUAGGCAAAGUGAACAAACUUAUCAAAUUACCUUAUGGCGCACAACCAGGUUUAACACCCGAAGAAGUAAAUGAGGCAGAAUUCGUCUUACGAAAAGAUCCUAAGGUCGUUCAAAUCGCUCGUGAAGUCGGCGUUGAGCCGGAAAACCUCUACGCUGACGGAUGGUCAAUCGGCUAUGAUGACCGUUUCGAUCCAGGUUUGCGUUUACAACAAUGCUUAGUGUAUGCUCGUAAGAGUGAACACGAAAAUUUAUAUGCUCAUCCAAUGGAUUUUUCCGUUGUGAUUGAUAGCAAUAAGAUGGAAGUCUUGGCGAUCGAUUUCCCACGUCAUCGAGGUCCAAAAGGAACAAAUGACCCUACAUCCUUCGAUGGUCAACCUGGUCCAAUCACGACAAAUGCCGAAGAAGCAUAUGAAUUCGCUCAACGUGAACGAAUUCCACCUCCAAUGAAAUCUUUUGAUUUCCUACCCGACUUGAUGGCUCAAGAUCCUUCAAUGCCACCUUUACGAACGGAUUUAAAGCCUUUGCAUGUUUCACAACCAGAAGGUGUUAGCUUUUCCUUGAAUGGCAACGAAUUAAGUUGGCAAAAAUGGAAAUUCCACAUCGGGUUCCAUCCCCGUGACGGUUUGGUGUUAUCCACUGUUACAUACAACGAUAACGGUACCGUACGUCCAUUAUUCUAUCGAAUGAGCGUAGCCGAAAUGGUUGUUCCCUAUGCUGAACCUGCACAUCCUCAUCCGCGUAAAUUCGCUUUUGACGUUGGUGAAUAUGGAAUGGGUACUUUGGCAAACAGUUUAUCGUUAGGAUGUGAUUGUUUAGGUACGAUCGCAUAUUUGGAUGGAAGUCAUGUGGCUUUAGAUGGUUCUGCAACUACGAUUCAACGUUGUAUUUGUAUUCAUGAAGAAGAUGCAGGUCUUGCAUGGAAACAUACGGAUUAUCGUGUAGGCGGUAAAGUUCGUUCUGCUCGUGGUCGUAAACUGGUCGUUCAAAUGAUCAGCACGGUAGCAAAUUAUGAAUACAUUUUCAAUUACAACUUUUACACAGACGGAAGUGUACAAUUGGAAACCCGAUUAACGGGUAUCUUAAAUUUGUACUGUAAACGUCCAGGUGAAGAAGAGGAAGCAACGUAUGGAGUAGAAGUUGCACCAGGCAUCAAUGCUCAUCAUCAUCAACACUUGUUUUCCUUGCGCCUUGAUCCAAUGAUCGACGGUGUAGAAAAUACAGUCGUUCAAAGUGACAUCACUCCAACACCUUUCCCUACCGGACAUCCUGCCAAUCAUGCUGGAAAUGGAUUCCAAGUCAACAAGACUUCUCUUACAAAAGCGGGAGGAUAUGAUUGGGAUAGUUCAAAACAUCGUCUUUGGACAAUCACCAACCCAAAUAAGAAACAUUAUGCUUCCAAUUUACCCGUAGCAUACAAGAUUCACACCAAAGAUUGGGAUCCUUUAUUAGCAAGAAACGAUUCCCAAAUCGGUCAACGUGCAGAAUUUGCACAACAUUCAAUGUGGUUAUCAAAGUAUAACGAAGAUCAACUUUGGCCAGCAAGAAAGUAUGUUCCACAAUCACGUGGAAUCGUAAGUGAUUCAAUCGGUCCAUGGACAAAAGAUCAACAUUCGGUUGAAGAUGAAGAUGUGAUCCUUUGGUUAACAUAUGGAACCACACAUAUUCCAAGACCAGAAGAUUUCCCAGUGAUGCCGGUUGAACAUUUAUCGGUUUGGUUGAAGCCAAAUAAUUUUUUCAAUUUCAAUCCAGCUCAUGAUUUACCACAAUUAGACGAUAAACGUUCUCGUCUUGUGGUUCAAGGUGCUGACAAUUCAAAUUGCUGUCGUGCCUGA